AUGGCAGAUCAAUGGGAAAAUGCAGACGCUUUCUUAGCACACUGCUGUGAGCACAACGAAAUAGACUUGAAAUAUGUUCGGUCCGACAGUUUUUAUCGUUUGCUACGCCAGUGCGACUGGCUGGAAGAGUCAUUAUAUGAAGCACUCUAUUGUUCGAAAACAUCAUCGUUCGAAAUCGAAUUCGAUCGCUCCUUGGCUCGGACCUGGGAAAUGGAUGAAAGACUUUUUCUGAAAGAUUAUCAGAGCAAUACUUGGAGUAUGCGAAGAUAUCCACUUGUCCUUGGAAAAGACCAUGCGAGGUAUCACUCUUAUAGCCCGAACCUGCGAGAGGACGAUGCACGGAGAGGAACAAAGUAUAUUGCGCUUGCAAAAUCAGAAAGGAAAGGCGUGAAAGUUCAAGCUGAUAUUGUGGCUUCGCGUUCAGCAUUGGUGGAUCUCAUGUUGUCAGGAAUAAAUGGUACCAAGGCUCUGGCAUGGAUAUAUGCCGUUAAUGACCAACUUUUCUUGGAAGACGACGAGAGGAGUUACUCCAAGAAGAAUCGUUUUUUCAAUCCACAUGCAAUGACGGGACUCAAUUUCGAGGAGUUGAUGACAGUCAGACAGGAAAUGGUUGAUAACAAAUUUCGCUUUAAGUGGACCAAAAACGACAGUGAAAAGUACUACUCUUUAGUACGACAUGAAUCACUGUUAAACGACUCCAUAUUGGUAGCAUGCGAAAUUGAUGCAGUAAAACCCCAGAAAAGAAGAAACGUGAACCCGUAUCUGAAAGAACGAUUCGGUCUUAGCAGUCCAUUUAAACAUUUGGACCGAUACGUUGAAAUCAAAGCAAGGGUAUACGAGAAACGUCACUCGGGAAACCUUCAUUCUGCGCUCAUCCAGUGUUUUUUGGCUGGUACACCUACACUCGUCGUUGGUAUUAAAGAUGGGCUCAAAUUGAUUGCCGUUAUGGAACGGAAUGUCAAAAAUUCACUUGGACGCCUAAAACUUCCCAAAUGGUUCUUGGACCGCUGGUUGAUCUUUUUGGUUCGGUUCAUCAAAGGUUUUAUUUUGAAGAAACGCAAUGGAAAUCUUCAAUCGUUUCACUUUCAUGUCAAUGGUUCGAAGCUUGUAAUUCGGGAACGUGAAACAACUCGACUGGAAAUUGAGGCUGCUCUCACAAGCGACUUUCUCAAGUGGAGAGAAGAACACCCUCAAAAGGGUCUGGAGGAUGAAUCGGCGGAAAUGGUUAACAGUCCAGAGGAUGAGUUGACGGGAUCGGUAAAUCCUCUCAGUCAAGUGGAUGAGUUGGCGGACUUGGUUAGCCCUCUCAGUCUUAAAGACAGAUGCAUAUUGUCGUGA